UGAGGCAGAAUAACGAGUCGAGUGCACAUUUAAGUAAUUGCCAAAUAAAUACAUAAACGGCAUUAACUUAAUUAAUAUUUUUGGGUAUUAAGGAAGAAACGUUUAUGUUGGAAGGCGGAAAUGUCCGUGUUUUUAGAGCAGCUUGACAGACGUCCCUCCAUCUACACGGAAACGAAAUGGCUCCGGCGGUGCGCUGCUCGUUGCUCGGCCUCCUCCUGUGUCUCCAGCUCGGCCUGGCUCCGGCCCGCAGCCCCCGCACGGCGGACCAGGUGUCUGAAGCCGACAUCCAGCGGCUCCUGCACGGCGUCAUGGAGCAGCUGGGCAUCGCUCGGCCGCGGGUCGAGUACCCCGCACAUCAGGCCACCAACAUCGUGGGGCCUCAGAGCAUCCAGGGUGGCGCUCACGAGGGGCUUCAACACCUCGGUCCGUACGGAAACAUCCCCAACAUAGUGGCUGAGCUGACGGGCGACAACGUCCCCAAAGACUUCGGGGAUGACCACGGGUACCCCGACCCCCCCAACCCGUGCCCCCUGGGAAAGACAGCAGACGGGUGUUUGGAAAAGGCUCCAGACACGGCUGAGUUCAGCAGAGAGUUUCAGAAGCACCAGCAUCUAUUUGACCCAGAGCACGACUACACUGCAGCCAAGUGGAACAAGGAGCUUCUGUACCAGAAACUGAAGGGAGGACCAAAAAGAAGAAAGCGGAGCGUCAACCCGUAUCUGACGGGCCAGAGGCUCGACAACGUGGUCGCCAAGAAAUCGGUCCCUCACUACUUUGAGGAAGAGGAGGAGGCGCCGACUCCAUCUGCAUCCACCAAGUCCACGACUUAAACUCCUGCAGCUUUUGAUGUGAUAUCUCCGUCUGAGGGUGUUAACACUAUGUAGUUCACUGAUAUGAUUUACAAGCACUGGGCCUGUGGCUUUAAUACAUUAGGUGAAACAAAGACUUUGAUGCUCUAAUUCCCUUUUUGCUUUGAUGAAGAGGUCCAGUUGUGUCUGUCAUCCAUCCACUAUCCAUGCUAUUGAUUUCCUGGUUUGUGUUGUUGUGCAGGAUGAAUCUUAAACUUGAAAAAGUCCAAAAAACAGGCGUUAAAUACUUCCAGUAACCGGCCGUGUACAGAUGUUAUAAAUAUUUAAACCUAGUGAUUUGGAGAACUGCGUGUACAGAUCCAUUAGCCCUCACUGAUGUUUUUGUAUAUCACCUCUGUGUCUUGAAGCAAACAUUACGUGCAGCCUGUGUAAGUGAUGGUUGGGGACCGUUCCUCCGGAGCAUCAGCAUCCUGAUGAGUGUCUGCUCACCAUGAGCAGCCAAUCGCUCUGUCAUCUCCAGCUAUGCUCGUUUCUCCCGUUCGUGUUCGAAUAAACAAUUCGUCUGCAUUGACAAA